AUGGAACAUAGUUAUGAUGAAUCACCAAUAUGUCAACCAGUAUGUGAUAUUAAUGUUAAUUGUCCACAACCACAUACAACAACAUCAACAUCAAUUAAUACAUCGAAAUUAAUUACUGAAGAAGCAAAACGUUUUGCACAAUCCCGCUAUCCAUACCCUCCUUUCACGUUAUUAUUUAAAUCUUCAAAAAUCAAUGAUAAGACGAUCAUCAACGAAUUGAUAAACUACUGCAAAGAAAAUUAUUCAUGUGAUCUUGAUCUUGCUGGUUUUCAAGCUUUUUGUGGUGCAGCAUUUACAAUUGAACGUCAACCAGUUAUUCCUCCACAGCUAGCAGUCAUUAUUUCAAAUGUUAGUUAUACAACAAACAUAUUGGAAUUUGAAAAGGACAUUAAAACAAGAUAUGACAAUAUUGUUAAAGUUGUUCGAUUAAAAAACAAGAAUCAAUAUGAUACAAAAUUUGUUAAAUUAGAAUUUAACUCAUCAAAAGUACGUGAUGAAAUUUUCGCUAAAGGUUAUAUGAUGAUCAAUUAUUUGAACUUUCAACAAAAAAUUCUUAUUAUAAUUUUUCUUCAACAAGUUUGUCCAAUGAAAAUAAAUGAAGAUGAAUUAACUGAUGAUAUAUUAAAUGUUUUAAAAUCAUAUACAGAUAGUCAAUCAAAUGAAUUUUAUAUAAAAACAAAUUUAAAUUUAUUUAGUACAAAGUAG